CCCCCACAGCAGCUGCCAGCCGGAUUGUUGCAACAGGUGUAGUUGCGGGAUCUGCAGAUUGAAAGGAGAGUAUGCCGUUUUGGGGUAAGGGGUGGUUGAAUGUUUCCCAGUUUUUUGAUUACUCUUUGUACUUGGGGUGGCUGUGGUUCUGUGGAGCCCCGAGAGCAACAGAGGCCUGAAUGAAAAUAGCCCGCUGGCAAUGAUGGGAGUAGUUUCCCAGCAGCCCAGAGCAAGGCCCCUUGGAGAUAAUUCCUCCUUCCGGGGGCUUGAGCUGAUAAGCCUGCUGUGGAAGACUGUGCUGAGUGAAUGCUUGGAGAUUAUAUUGUAUGGCAAGUUUUGAAACAGAAGGAGAAAGACCUUUUUGCGGAAUCAACAGGAGCAGGAAUGACUGGUGAGAGAGAAGAAGCAGAAGACGGUGGCAAGGAGAACUGCCUGCGUGAGAAGUUUGGAAAUUUGAGAGUUAUCUCUCUACCUUCUUGGAGCCAGCUCUGCAGAUGCUUGUGCCUGGUAACCUUGCAGAGCCCAAAGACUUCCAAGAAGAAAGCCUAGAACCAAAGGGAAUGGCCCCUGGGACCCAGAAACACCCAUUCCAGGAGCUGGUGAUACUCAGGGAUGUGAUAGUGGACUUCACUAAGGAGGAGUGGGGCCUCUUGGACCAAUCUCAUAAACAGCUGUACAAGGAGGUCAUGCUGGAGAAUAUCCAGAACCUGUUGUCCGUAGAUUUAGUUACCAGGAUUGAAGUCAAUGAGGUGACUAGGAAUUAUGGAAUUUUUCUGGAAAAACAUGACCUGCAAAGAUUCAUGAGUGAUGGUCCCUGGAACUUCAAGUUGACAGAAAUCCAUGACUCUAAUAUCAAGGUUGAUAAAAGUACAAAGAGUGACCUUGAACUUGAUGAAACUGGAAAGAGAUUCAGUAAGCCUUCUAUCCUAAAUCACUGUAAGAAAAUGAUCUCAGGGAAUGACUCUGUUCAGGAUAGUGAAUAUAGCAAAUGCUUUCUUGAACAUGUAGAGUUUUUUCCAUCCCAUGAGAAGCCUCCUGAAAUGCCAGUGUAUCCAGGUAAUCAAUGGGAAAUGCCCUGGUCCUGGAGUUCAGACCGCAUUAGAUAUCAGAAGAGUGACACUGGAGAAAGGCUUUGUGUAAGUAAUGAAGGUGGGAAGGCCUUGAGUCAUAACUCUAAGCUCAUUACUCAUCAGGAAAUUCCCAUUAGUAAGGAACCUGAGGAACAUGAUGAAUGUGAAGCAGUCUCAUCCCAUCACUCAUCUCUUCCUUGCCAGCCUAGAAUUUACCCUGGAAUGAAAAGUCAUGCAUGUCGUCAGUGUGGGAAGGCCUUUGGUUGGAACGCAGAUCUUGAGAGAUCUGAUAAGAUUCACACUGGACAGAAGUUCUGUGAAUGUCAUGAAUGUAAAAAGACUGUCUGCUACAGAUCUCUCUUUAUUGGUGAUCAGAGAAUCCACACUGGAGAGAAAUUAUUUGAAUGUAAUCAGUGUGGAAAGGCUUUCACAAGGAGGCAGAGACUUGUUGCUCAUCAGAGAAUCCACACUGGAGAGAAACCUUUUGAAUGUAAUCUGUGUGGAAAGACUUUCAGACAGAAGGGCAAUCUUGUUGCACAUCAGAAAAUCCAUACUGGAGAGAAACCUUUUCAAUGUAAUCAAUGUGGAAAGGCUUUCACAGAGAGUGGCAACCUUGUUGCACAUCAGAGAAUUCACACUGGAGAGAAGCCUUAUGAAUGUAAUCAAUGUGGAAAAGCUUUCACAGACAGUGGAAGUCUUUCUGUACAUCAGAGAAUCCACACUGGAGAAAAGCCUUAUGAAUGUAAGCAGUGUGGAAAGGCUUUCACAAGGAGGCAAAGACUUGUUGCCCAUCAGAGAAUCCACACUGGAGAAAAACCUUAUGAAUGUAAUCUGUGUGGAAAGACUUUCAGACAGAAGGGCAAUCUUGCUGCACAUCAGAAAAUCCAUACUGGAGAGAAACCUUUUGAAUGUAAUCAGUGUGGAAAGACUUUCAGAAAGAGCUCCCAUCUUGCUGUACAUCAGAGAAUCCACACUGGAGAGAAGCCUUAUGAAUGUAAUCAGUGUGGAAAGGCUUUCACAAGGAGGCAGAGACUUGUUGACCAUCAGAGAAUCCACACUGGAGAAAAACAUUUUGAAUGUAAUCAGUGUGGAAAGACUUUCAGAAUGAGCUCACAUCUUACUGCACAUCAGAGAAGCCACACUGGAGAGAAACCUUGUGAAUGUAAUCUGUGUGGAAAGGCUUUUAGAGACAGGAGCAGUCUUGCUGUACAUCAGAGAAGCCACACUGGAGAGAAACCUUUUGAAUGUAAUCAAUGUGGAAAGGCUUACACAGACAGUGGCAGUCUUUCUGUACAUCAGAGGAUCCACACUGGAGAGAAGCUUUAUGAAUGUAAUCAGUGUGGAAAGGCUUUCACAAGGAGGCAGAGACUUGUUGCCCAUCAGAGAAUCCACACUGGAGAGAAACCUUAUGAAUGUAAUCAAUGUGGAAAGGCUUUCACAGAGAGUGUCAGUCUUUCUGUACAUCAGAGAAUCCACACUGGAGAGAAGCCUUAUGAAUGUAAUCAUUGUGGGAAGGCAUUUACACAGAGGAGCCAUCUUGUUGCACAUCAGAGAAGCCACACUGGAGAGAAGCCUUAUGAAUGUAAUCAAUGUGGAAAGGCUUUCACAGAGAGUGGCAGUCUUUCUGUACAUCAGAGAAUCCACACUGGAGAGAAGCCUUAUGAAUGUAAUCAAUGUGGAAAAGCUUUCACAAUGAUGCAGAGACUUGCUAUCCAUCAGAGAAUCCACUCUGGAGAGAAACCUUUUGAAUGUAAUCAGUGUGGAAGGGGUUUCACAAUGAUGCAGAGACUUGCUGUCCAUCAGAGAAUCCACACUGGAGAGAAACCUUUUGAAUGCAAUCUGUGUGGAAAGGCUUUCAGACAGAAGAGCCAUCUUGCUGCACAUCAGAAAAUUCAUGCUGGAGAGAAACCUUAUGAAUGUAAUCAGUGUGGAAAUGCUUUUACAAGGCGGCAGAGACUUGUUGCCCAUCAGAGAAUCCACACUGGAGAAAAACAUUUUGAAUGUAAUCAGUGUGGAAAGACUUUCAGUAAGAGCUUCCAUCUUGUUGCCCAUCAGAGAAGCCACACUGGAGAGAAACCUUAUGAAUGUAAUCAAUGUGGAAAGGCUUUCAGAGACAGGAACAGUCUUUCUGCUCAUCAGAGAAGCCACAGUGGAAAGAAACCUUAUUAAUGUAAUAAAUGUGGACUUUCAGAAAGAGCUUCCAUCUUGCUGCCCAUCAGAGAAUCCACACUGGAUGGAAACUAUAUGAAUGUAAUCUGUGUGGAAAGGUUUUCCGAACCAGCUCCAAGUUCCAAAGGACUCAUUAUGGAAAAUGCCAUCCACAUCCAGAGAAGAAUUAUGGAGUCUGAAUGCAGAGUGAA